AUGGCGUCCCGAGGAGCAACAAAUGGGCGGCGUCUGCAUGACGACGCCGUCGACACAGCCGGCUACACCCGCGAGCAGCAGGUGCUGCAUGAACUCAAGCGCGUACUCGGGUGGGUAGCGUCGGGAGCCGCCGAUGGCACGACGGACGCGUACCUCCUGCGCUGUCUGGGCGCGGUGCACUACUCCGUCGCGGAGGCGGUGGCGAUGCUGAAGCAGCGGCGUGUCUUCGAGGAGAGCUUGCCGUCCCUGCGCAUCACCGCCCCAAUGCUGGAGGCACUACGAAGCGGAGCGGUGUCUAUCAUUGGCUGUGACGUGUUAGGACGCCCAGUUCUGUACCUGAGUAUGCAACACUUCGUCCAGUCGGCAAUUGAUACGCAAGAAAUGCAGCGACUCGUUACGCUGGUAAUGGAAUACAUGCUGGCGUACUGUGUCCAGACGUCGGCGACGGCACCGUCGCAUGGGCCGAGAAGUGGCAGUGCAGCGCCUCUACCUUCUCCGUUGCCGUCGCCACAGCAGCAGCAGCAGCAGUUCAUCGUAUUAGUAAACGAGGAAAGCUCUUCCUGGCACGCCAACCAGUCUGUCCUUACAAGCAUGAGUACCAUUUUCACAGUGGUCAAAAAGUACUACCCACGUCUUAUUGGUCUGGUGCUGCUCUUUGAGGCCUCGUGGGAUGUGCGGCAGGGAAUCAAGGAGACAUUUGCGGGCGAGUCAGCUGAGGCAAGGCGUGUGGUGCAGAUGGUCAGUCGCGCAGAUAUUCAGAAAUACAUCGAUCGCGCGGUGCUUCCACGUGAAGUCGGUGGCCACAAUGCGACCUUUGAAGCCUCCACCAACUUUGCUGACGAUGUGCUCCGUCACUGGUACCUCAAGACGAGUUACCUGUUGUUGGAGGAGGCAAAGGAGCGGCCACUGUGGCAGCUCCCGCCGUCCAUCGCAACUGCCAGCGAGUGGACGGCUCUGCGGCGCCGUAAUGUCGCCACCGCUUCUUGUGGCAACAGCGCGCGUGUCAGUCCGCCUCUUCUGCCGAUGCUCCCCAGCGGUCGAUCCAGCAGUGUGAUGGAGUCGGCGUCGCUCGGCUCCUCUCGCCGCUCACACAUCUUUCGCGGCGGCUCGGAGGAGGACGAUGGGCUCUGCUCUAUCCUGUCCGAUCCGGAGGAAAUGGGGCGCACCGUCAGCAGCUGCAAAUACACGCCGAAGGAGCUGCAGCUGGAGAUGGACAGCCACAGUGACGGCUCGGCAGUAGCUCUGGCGCUGGAGUUGCGAAAGGAGCGGGAACUUCGUGCUAAUGCCGAGCAGCAGUUGAAAAAGAUGCGACUCGGCAUUACACUGGACCUCGCGACGGCAACGGGCAUUGAACGUGCGCUUGCAUGCAUGCGGGCAGAGCUGAAUGUGCUUGUCGCCAAUAUUAUUGUCCGCGCGCGACAGGCGACAGCCAAUGGAUCCCCUCCGACCCUCUUGCAGCUCCUUGAGUUGACCUUGUCAGCAGUAGAGACAGCAGCGCACAAGGUCGAGCGUGUGCCUGCAAUGAAGUACGCUGUGCCCGUGCGUCAAAGUGAGGCCAGGAACUCCUUAUGCUGUUGCUUUAUGUGA